AACUAGUGGCGGGCGCAAGCGGACCGGUGGGAUCUCCCAGCGUCUAGUGUACCGCGGAGGAGUCCUUACCCAUGGAUCUGAUCCAAAGCUUCCACGCGAAGCUACGGUCCCUGGCCAUCACCCUAGACAGCGAGACGGCUCGGCUGCAGCGAGCACUGGACGGAGAGGAGAGCGACUGUGAAGAUUAUCCAAUGAGAAUUUUAUAUGACCUUCAUUCAGAAGUCCAGACUCUAAAGGAUGAUGUCAGUAUUCUUCUUGAUCAAGCAAGUUUGGAAAGUCAAGAAAGCAUUGGUUUCAUAAAGGCAACAAAAGUACUGAUGAAAAAAAAUUCAGUGGAUAUCAUGAAAAUAAGAGAGUUUUUCCAGAAGUAUGGAUAUAAUCCACGUGCCAAGAAAGAUUCAGUGGAUGAACAAGAAAUCCUUGACUCUGAAUCAGAGUCCACUAAGCAUGAAAAUUUUCAAAUGCCUGAUGUGAAGGACAGUCUAUCUGAUCCUGCUAUUCCGAGGACUUCUGGUUCUGAGAAGUCUCCACGGAGUCCACAACUUUCCGAUUUUGGACUUGAACGGUACAUGAUAUCCCAAGUUCCACCAAACCCUCCACGGGCAGUAAAUGACCAUGAGGAAGAGCCAAAAAAUUUAACUCCAUCUUCUAAACAGUCACUAGUUAAAGUACUAAAAACUCCAAAAUGUGCUCUGAAGAUGGAUGAUUUUGAGUGUGUAACUCCUAAAUUAGAACACUUCGGUAUCUCUGACUAUACUGCCUGUUUAAAUGAAGAUUACACAAUGGGACUUAAAAAUAUGAAGGAGAAUAAAAGGGAAGAGGCCACAGAACCAGAACCAAUGACCAGUGAUAAUUUCUUUGUCACUCCUGGCCUCCAGCAGUUGAAAAAAAAUGAUGCUGACUGUGCAGAUUCUCCCUUAGCACCUACAUUCUGCACUCCUGGUUUGAAAAUUCCUCCUACAAAGAACAAUACAGCUUUGGGGUGCACAGAUUAUCCAUUACCAAAAACAAAUAGUUCAUCAAAUGAUUUGGAAAUGAAAGACUGUACAUCAUUAGUUUUAAAUUCAGACAAGUGUUUUGAGAGUUUUGCGGAUCCCUCUUCUCCUGUAAUUUCUUCUUAUGAGAAUCUCCUGAGAACACCUACACCUCCAGAAGUAACUACCAUUCCAGAAGAUAUUCUCCAGAUUUUAUCAAAAUACAACUCAAACCUAGCAACUCCAGUAGCAGUGAAAGCCGUGCCACCCAGCAAAGGGCUCCCCACUAAACACGAAGGACCAAACAUCCGAGGUGUUGGCAACAAAGAAAACUGGUGAAGAGCUUGUUAACCCUGGAAUUCAGACUUCAUGAGCAGUUGGAUGACAUCAUUGGGAAUGUAUACCCAGUUAUUUUAUUAUUGUUAAAGUAUAUAGCCGCAAUAUUCUAUCAUUUGUUUUAUUGGUGUCUAUUAAUUAUGCUUGAUUUUUUUAAAAAAUUGCAUCUUUUUGCAGAAGUUCUAAUGGAUCCCACCCACUAUAGAAACUGAACAGAAAGUUGAAAGCAGAUCGGGACUUUGUUAUUCACAUUGCCCUACAUUUCCCCCCUUCUUAAAAACCAACCCAUAUUGAAGAUGAUCAUGGACACUGGUGUGAUAACAUGGUUUGUUUUGUUUUUGUUUUUUAAGUAGG